AUGUCCACGCUCCUCGUUCCGAUCGCUCCUGCCUUGACUUCGGCACCGCUGGGAGAGCCUCACACAUCCCAAUCGAAAGCUACGAAGCCUUUCAACUGCCAGCCUUGCGUGCGCAAGAAGAUAAAAUGUGACAGAAAUCAACCAGCAUGUUCUGGGUGUACAAAAGCAAAGAUUCCGUGUGUUUAUCUAGCUCCCUUACCACGAAAGCGAAAGCAACCUCCCCAGGACGAUGUGUAUGAGCGGUUGGCAAGAUACGAGGGCAUUCUGAGAGAAAAUAACCUUCUUCCAGCUGACACUGCACUGUGUUCUCCUACCUUGGAAGAGGAGACAUCCUCUAGUCCAGAGAAGAGUGGUCCCUUACCAGAAGCGCACCCGCCCGGCAAGCGGUACAUUGACAGUGUCCUUCUGCUCGGCGCUGGAGAAGGGGAUCUCUGCCAAGUUGACGACUCGGCCCAAGAGGCUUCCAGUGAGAAUUCUCCAUCCGGUUUUCUUGAAUCUCUGGCGACGUACGCAAUCUGUGGCACAGUUAUUGGAACCGCUCGCUCACUUAUCGGAUCUCAUCCUACCAGAGAGGAAGCUAUGAAGCUCUGGAAUGCGUACGUUGACAAUGUCGAUCCUCUGUGCAAAGUGUUACAUACUCCAACCGUGAAGGAGAUGCUUGACAGGGUCUCAUUUGACCCAGCCACUGCUUCACAGAACGACGAUUGUCUGCUCUUCGCUAUUUACUACUUGGCCGUGUUCUCCAUGUCAGACGAUGGAUGUCUUUUGAAUUUCAGCCAAUCAAAGAACCAUCUCAUGUCGAGAUACCAGUCUUGCCUCUGGCAGGCCCUUCUCAAUGCGUCUUGGCUAAGGAGUACCGCGAUGCCAGUACUCCAGUCGUACACCCUGCUCCUCAUCGCCCUCCGCACGGAGGUUGAUUCGCACACGUUUUGGAUUCUGACCGGAAUUGCCAUUCGUUUGGCACAGCGUAUGGGCCUGCAUCGGGAUGAAGAAGCACUCCGACUACCGCCAUUUGAAGCGCAAAUGCGGCGGCGGCUCUUCUGGCAACUUCUCCCGCUAGAUACCUUUGCCAGCCAGGCUUGCGGCGUCGGGAUUUCUUUGCCGCCAAACAGCUGGGACACACAGCCUCCACUGAACGUAAACGACAGCGACAUCUUUCCUGGUAUGACGGAGGAGCCUGUGGAGCGAAAGGGCGCAACACAGAUGAUCUUUUGUCUCUCACGUUUACAGAUACAUGAUUUCUAUACGCGGAAGGGUGUAAAAUCAGACAGUGCGGGUACAACACAGUCCAAAAAUCCGGAAGAGGUGGAAGCGGCCAUCGGGGAAGUCGAAGACUUGAUCGAAACAAAGUAUCUUCGGUACUGCGAUAUCGUGAACCCGCUCCACUUUCUCACGUUUGCAAUGGUGCGAUCUGCAACGAAUGCCGUUCGAAUACGCGCCCGGAUGCCGUUGGUGCUCAAAGAUACCAGCACACUCGCCGAGCGAAAGGCGCUCAGUACACUUGCCGAAAGGAUCCUCGAUACGCAAAGCGCCGUAUACAGCAACCCAUCCUUGGUGAAAUUUCGAUGGCAAACGCAGACAUUCUUCAUAUGGGAUGCGCUGCUUUGCGUCCUGCGCUGUCUUGCGGAUCCGGGAUUCUAUUCCGCAUCGGAGCUGACACGGACUUGGGACAAGGUGGCCGAGGUCUAUUCUAAUCACCCGGAACUUUUGAAAGGAACGCGAACACUUUAUGUCACUAUCGGCAACCUGACCUUGAAAGCAUGGCGUGUAAACCCUCUACCCGGUCCUACGGCGCAGCUAGCGUUUAUUGAUGCGCUGCGUGCCCGGUAUGAGGCAGUAGACAACACACAACCUGAAGUCAACGGCUCUGCAAAUCCAAGCGGAACCCUCGAUGGUCUCGCAGCUCUUGGUGACGUUUCUAACAACAGCUACUCAGAUCUAAAUAUUGACGGCCUGGGGUCGCCGGACUGGGAGUUCUGGAAUCAGUUCCAGUAUGGAGAAACUUGA